AUGUGGGCAGAGCCAGGGGAUUUCUCAUCGCUCUUGAGCAAUGGCAAUGAUUCGAUUUUCAUUCUUCUACCUAGACCUAGAGCCGAUGGAAACAGCUACCAACACAUUUCCAAACUUCUCUUCCAGCAUGAUUCGUCGACAAACCUAAAAAUGGCCAAGUCAUCAUUCCUAUCAGUUGGCAAUUUCGAUGUGGUAGCAUUGGAACGUUACGACAGAUCGACGGAUACCGUGUGUUAUUUCACUGCACUCGCUCCCUCACCUGGAAAUCGUCACCUUUACUCGACAAAAGGAUCGCCGGCGAUUGACAACGCCUGGACAUGUGUUACUUGCAAGCACGAUAACUGCACUUAUCAGAGCAAUUACAUCUCUCCUGAGCUCAAUUAUAUUCUCACCCAAUGCAGAGUAAGUGUUAAUAAUAUUCCGUAUGGGAAUUACUCUAAAAUUAUGGGAAAA